UUGAUAACAUACCUGACCUGAACACAAGCUAGGAAGUCGCUAGUGCUGCUAAUGGCUGCGGUGAGGUUGAAGGAAGUGAGAAUGGCACAGCGGGCUGAGGGCCUGGCGACAGUGCUGGCCAUUGGCACCGCCGUGCCGGCCAACUGCGUGUACCAGGCGACCUACCCAGACUAUUACUUCAGAGUCACGAAGAGCGAGCACCUCGCGGACCUCAAGGAGAAGUUCCAGAGGAUGUGCGACAAGUCCAUGAUCAGAAAGAGGCACAUGCACCUAACCGAGGAGAUACUAAUUAAGAACCCCAAGAUCUGCGCGCACAUGGAGACCUCGCUUGACGCGCGCCAUGCCAUUGCGCUCGUCGAGGUCCCGAAGCUGGGGCAAGGAGCUGCGGAGAAGGCAAUCAAGGAGUGGGGCCAGCCAUUGUCCAAGAUCACCCACCUCGUGUUCUGCACAACCUCUGGCGUCGACAUGCCAGGCGCCGACUACCAGCUGACCAAGUUGCUCGGCCUCUCCCCGACGGUGAAACGCCUGAUGAUGUACCAGCAGGGGUGCUUCGGCGGCGCCACGGUUCUUCGCCUUGCCAAGGACAUCGCUGAGAACAACCGCGGCGCUCGUGUGCUGGUUGUCUGCUCGGAGAUAACCGCCAUGGCCUUCCGUGGUCCUUGCAAGUCCCAUCUCGACUCGCUGGUCGGCCAUGCACUCUUUGGCGAUGGCGCAGCUGCUGCCAUCAUCGGCGCUGACCCUGACCAGCUGGACGAGCAGCCAGUGUUCCAGCUGGUGUCAGCGAGCCAGACCAUCCUGCCGGAGUCGGAGGGAGCCAUCGACGGCCACCUUACGGAGGCGGGCCUGACCAUCCACCUUCUCAAGGACGUGCCGGGACUCAUCUCUGAGAAUAUCGAGCAAGCAUUAGAGGACGCGUUUGAGCCUCUGGGCAUCCACAACUGGAACUCCAUCUUCUGGAUUGCUCACCCUGGGGGGCCUGCCAUCCUUGACAGGGUCGAGGACAGAGUUGGCCUUGACAAGAAGCGCAUGCGCGCAAGCCGGGAGGUUCUGUCGGAGUACGGAAACAUGUCCAGCGCAAGUGUACUCUUCGUCCUUGACGUUAUGCGUAAGAGCUCCGCCAAGGAUGGCCUCGCCACAACUGGAGAAGGCAAGGACUGGGGUGUCCUCUUCGGCUUCGGCCCUGGCCUCACCGUCGAGACACUCGUCCUCCACAGCGUCCCCGUCCCCGUCCCCACCGCCGCUAGUGCAUGAUCGACGCAUGCCAUAUUUAGCUUAUUUGGGUCAAGACAAUAAAAUAAGCGGCCCACAAAUAUGAACCACGUCCGACAAUACGAGCACCUGGCUGGGGGCGCUCCUGCCUGUUAAACCAUAGAUGUACGUACCUCGUGAUUUGUGUCUACAGUAUAUUGUAAACGUUCACCCAUCAAAGUUGUAUUUUCAUCCUUA